CACUUCCAAGCUCGUCACAAGCCAAAAUAUUUUCACUCCAUCGAAUUUUUGUAACCAUUCUAAAACAGUCAUUACUCACUAGCCAUGUCGACCUCACUAUGUACCACCUUCAACUCCACCAAUGGAAAGUACUACGUCCAAUGCGCUGGCAAAACCAUCGAAACCACCGUAACAAAGAGAGGCGCCGCCGUCAGCGACUGGGUCCGCGACAUUCGCUCCAAACACGCCGGGAAGUUGUCGGUGGUUGUCGGCCUGGACAGAGAGUGGCGUCCCAACACUGCACCCAACUUCAGCAACAAGACCGCCACGCUCCAACUAUGCGUCGAAGAAAAGUGUCUCAUUUUUCAGCUCCUUCACGCCGACGAGAUUCCCGACGCGCUUAAGCGUUUCAUGUCGGAUUCGACGUUUGCUUUCGUGGGGGUCGAGGUUACCAACGAUGUCGGGAAGCUGAGGGAAGAGUAUGGGCUGGCGUGUGGCAAGAGUGUGGACAUUGUUGAGCUGGCAAGGACUAAGUUUCCGGGGAAGUUUAACCAGCAGGGGGUUGGGCUGACGAGUCUUGCCAAGGAAAUAUGUGGCGUUGAUGUGACAAAGCCGGAAGAUGUUCGGCGGAGCGAUUGGGCGGCGGCGGAGCUGAGCUCUGCUCAAGUUCAGUAUGCUUCCAUUGAUGCUUAUGCUUCGUUUAGGGUUGGGCAAUCUCUUCUGCAAGGAAAUUAGUUCACGAUCGAUCGAUCAGUUUCCAUUGUGGCGUUCUGUUCCUUAAUUGCUUUAAUUUUCUUUCCUUUUCUAUCGAAUAAAUACAUGAAUAAUUAUGUACGAACGUCCUCUGAUCUAUGGGGUUACGCUUCUAUAUGAAAUCUAGUUUAAUUACUCCGUUUGUGUUAUGCUCUAUCAAUUUAUCUUAAAAAUUGAAUUGUACUUUUAUCUCAUUUUAUUCUCUUGUUUUU